UUUCACUAGAGAGUAGAGAUUCCAAUAACGAAUGGUUCAUAAAUGUUCGGACAACCAUCCAUAUAAAUCAUAAAGAUAAAUCAUAAACACUCCUGCUGCUCAAGUUUUAACUGUUCUGUUUUUCAUUGCCAUAUAUUGUUGACAUGACUGCUUUUUCCAAUCCUUUUGAUCAGUUUGCCAACCAGUCUUCAAUUGUGCCCAAUUACUAUUCCUCCAGCGAUGGUAAAAACAAAAGAAAUAAAAUAAAAACAAAAACAAAAAACAAAAAUAGUUCCAACAAUACUGCUGGUGCUAAGACCGGCGACUACAACAUCAAGAAAACACACAACAUCUGUGCUCGACAAUUCGGUGACAAUGACAAUAAAUAUUCAAUGGAAAUUGGUGGGUACAAGAUUUCUUUGAAUUACUUCGCUGGUUUUCCCGAUAUAAAUUUAAUUCAGAACUCAAAUCUAAAAGUCUUAUUCAAGGGGUUAUCCAAAAAAGAUGACAAAACAAAAGAAAGAUCGUUACUUCAAUUAUCACAGUUUUUAAAUAAGAUUAUUUCUGAUAGUGACCAAAACAACGAAAUUCUGCAAAAUAUUUUCGAUAUAACCAAUUUUGAUCAAAAUGGUAAUGACGUCUUGUUGGUGCUAUGGUCUCAGUUCUAUUCUAAAUUGGCAAUAGAACUAAACAAAAAUAUCAAGCUUUAUUCAAAUGAAAUCUUUGUAAAAUUAAUCCAAAUUUAUCAAUUCCAAUCAGUAACAAAACAUGCAAAUUCCUCACAAAAAGACAAGAAAUUGCUAAAGAAAAAUUUGAAUAAUUUUUUGCAAUCUUCUUUACCGAUUUUCUUGCUAUCUUUAUUUGAUCACGAUUUAAUCAUUUCUAAAAAUUCUUUGAAUUUGUUCAACUCAAUAUUUUUAAACUUGAACACAAAUGAAAAAUUAUUCAAAAUUUAUAAAAUCUUUCAAAAUCAAUCUUUGGUUUUGAUUUAUAACGUUUUGUUUAUUGAAAACGUUAAUUCAAUCUCAAAUAUAAACUUAUCCUCAAAUUCUGAUUCAACUUCCACUAAUUCAAACAACAAAAACUCUGCGGUUUUGAAAUACUACAAGUUGUACUAUUCGGCUUUGAAUUUGUUAAAUAAUAUGUUAAAUAAGCUUUACAUUGAUAAUCCAACUGAAAACGAAAACAAAAACGAAAACAAAAUUCUAUUGCAAAUAAUCAAAAAUGAAAAUUUAUACAAAAUCCUAAACUUGCCAUUUACCAUGGGCUCAUUCGAUACAUCUCCAAUUAAAUCCUCUUUAAUCAACCUAAUAAUCUCAAUAUCAACUUUAAAUAAUAAAAAAUUCUUAUUUUCUAAUGACAAUCAAUCGUUAUAUUCCAGCAUCUCGAAAAAUUCCCUACAAUUAUUAUCAAUAAACUAUAUUUCUAGUAAUAAGAAAUCCAAAGAUAAAAAGAAUCAUAAUUUCUCAUUUAACAAAUUAAUCAUACCAACUCUAUUAUUAAUCAAUCACUUGAAUAAACUAUCUUCAGGUUCAAUUUGGUCUUUUUCAAAUCUAUCAAAACCCUAUUUUACAUCUUUUCUCAAACUAAGCUCAAACUCAAGUUCAAAUACAGUAACCCCUUAUUUCAAUUUAUUAAAUGGAAUAUUAUUACCGUCAACAGACAAUUUUAUCACUCCAGUUUCAAUAAUUGAUUUCAGCUCAACUCAAGAUUUUAACUUGUACUUGAAUGAGAUCUUUAUUGAAAAUUUAAAAUUUGAAUCCCUAAAGUUUAAUAAAAAUCCAAAUUUUUUGAAUCAAUUUUAUACCUUUAUUUCAAACUUGUUUUCGGUUUUUUAUGAAGGUCUAAUUAAUACUGACAAUGAAAACGAUUCCUCAAACUUGCAAAGUUUUAAUGAUUCUUUAUCCAGAUUUUUAAUUGAUUUUCUUGAUAAUAAAUUUUUCAACUAUCAAGUAUUUAAAAAUCUAUUGGUUUCAUUAAAUCAAUCGGACUCUAAUUGCAUCAUAGGAAAAAUUAUUGAUGAUUUUAUUAUAAAGACAAGCUUAACUAAUCAAAGUGAAGUUACCAAAUUAAAUUUUAAUUUGUUUAUUGACAAUUUUAUCAAGAUUACUCAUAUUCCUCAAAAUGAAAAAUUACUCAAUAAUUUAUUAACUAGAUCAAUUGCAUCUCUUGACGAUAUUAAUAAUCAACAAAAUCACCAAAAUCAACAAAAUGAAAAGAAUGCCCACUUCUUUCUACCCUUUAUUUUAAUUGACAAAUACAUUAUUAAUGAUAUCGUUAAUUCAAAAGAAACAGUUAAUGAUUUUUUGCAAAAUAACUUGUCAUCUUACUUAUCGGAAUCAUUUAAUAAUCAAAUUUUUCAAAUUAUUGUGGAUUUUUUUAAAACCAAAAAAUCAGACAAUUUAAACAACUCCUUUUAUGAUGAGGCAAUUUUUGAAGAUUUAUUGAACGAUAUUACAUUGAAAUGCGAUCAAUUGAAUUCCACUGAUUUGUUUUUUGAUUUUUUAAAAAUUUUGCCAAUUGGUGAAAUUAAAAAGGACUUUGAUAUCAGUAAAGCUGAUUUGUUCCAAGAGAAAUUGCAAAAAAUUGCUGAAAGGUUUAAAUAUUCGAGAGAAAAUCAAAAGGAGUUUAUAAUAUUUCAGUAUUUGGAUAAAAAAAUGAUGGGGGCAUUAUUGAUAAAUUCUAUAAAAGGUGAAAAAUUAGAGGAAACAAUAUUAGAAAUAAAUAAAGAGGUAAAGUUGCAGUCACUAUUGAUAGAUGUAUUAAAAACUGCUGAUUGUUUUGAAAUUGAUAUUUCUUUUAUUUUAACAUCAUUUUUUUCUCAUUUGUGGAAUUCGUUUAUAAAUAAAGACUCGAUUUAUUUUGAAUCCAAUUUGAAAAUACAAAAUUUAAUUGAAAGGAGUGUUUUCAAGCAAGAAAUUUUAGAUCUAUAUGUCUCAUCGUUAAAAGAUUUUAUUAAAUCCUGUUCUUUGUUUGAAAAUUUUGCAAAAUUGAUAAGUUAUUUAUCUAAAAGUGAUACUAAGGGAGGAAGUGUAAUUGAGCAAUUAGUUUUAAGUGAGAAAGAAUGGAUUGAAUGUGUUUCAAAUUGUACAAGUGAUUCUGUUGAUUCCAUUUUAUCAAUGGGAAAUACACUAGAAUAUAAUAUUUACCUUUUGCCUAAAAAUGAGAAUGAAAAUAGUUUUAACAAGCCAUUGGGAUUGUUUAAGUAUUCUAGGUUUUUAUUGGGAUUAUUGAAGGAAAUUGAGUAUGAAAAGUAUAUUUCUGAAAAUUUGUACAUUAGUACGAUUUCAUAUUUAGGUAUUAUUGGAGAAAUUUCAAUGGAUUAUAUUUUUUUAAAUGAGUUGACAGAAGAUGUUAGUAGAGAGCUAUUAGAUUUCUACUCUCUUUGUUUUAGUAUGGUCAAGAGCAAGAUGCCAAAGGUUUCAUUUUCUGAUAUUAUUAAGACACUUUUAGUAGUGGAUGGUAGGGAGAAAUUGAGUGUAGAAAGGUGUCAUGGUUAUAAUUUGGUUGAGUAUAUUUCUAGUAAUAUCAAUGGAUUAACAACGAUAAGCUUUUAUUUCAGCCGAAUAUUGAAAGUUGUGUUGAGUGAUUUUGUUGAGGCAAUCGCGUUGUUUGAGAUUAAAGAAGAAGAUAUUAGUAAUAUAGUCAAGAUACUAAAUAAGAGUGUGUUGAAGAUGGCGGCGGUGAGUUUGGGAUUGAAAAGGUUUAUUCACGAGAGUCGUUUUGACAAGUUGCGAAACAAUGUGGCGUCUGAGAUAUUGAGUAUAAGAAAUAUUGAGACAAAGUUGGAGAGUGGGAUUAUGUUUACAAGUUUGAUCAAUAAUUUAUUUUCAAUUGAGUAUUUGGGGGAUAAAGAAGUGGGAUUGUUGCCUGUUCGAAGAUUUGAUAUGCUUAUUGACCAAAUUGUAAAAUGGAACGAAGACAGUGUUAUUAGUUAUGAUGAGGAGUUUAUUCCAUUGAGGAUUGAGAGCAUAAUUUUGAUGAGCAAUGUGGUGAGAUUGCGAAAUAAGAUGAAUGUGAAGAUGUACAAGUUUGGGAUACAGUUGUGCAAAGAAUCGUUGAAUAUAAGCAAUGAGUACAAUUGCAAGCCACUUUUAUAUUAUUCGUUAAAGUUUUUGAUUAAAUUAUGGAAAAUGAAAGAAGAAGAAGAAGGAGAGUAUGUUGAAGUUUGGAAGGAAGAGGAAAAGGAAAUAAUUGGCGAAGUAAUUGAAGAGUUGAUUAGAAUGGGUAAAGGAGUGAAGCAUACACAGGUUAAUAUCAUAUGCAAUGAGUUACUUGAGAGGAUAUUUGAAGUUGAACAAGAAGAAGAGGAGGAAAGAAGAGGAAAGAAAAUGGUGAGAGAAGUAUGGAAGGGCAAGAUUGAUGAAUUGAAGGGACUAUUGUCGUGUGAGUUUUUAGGGUUGCAACGAAUAGCAGUUCCAAUUUUGAAAGAUAUUAUUCGAGAAGAGCAGGAGGAGUUUGUUGUUGAGUGUGAACUUCGGAAGAUAAGUCCCAGUUUACAAGAUGAAGAGAGUAAUGAUGAGGUGGAAGCAGGAGUUGGACUUCCUAGUUAUUUGAUUGAGAAUAUUUCAGUUGUGCCAUAUGAAGAUGGCGGGAAGGAGAUUGAGAGCAGCAGUUUGAUUUUCAAGUAUUUUUGGAGCUGGAUGUUGAUAAUUGAGUAUUUGAAAGAGAUUCCUGGGAGUGUGAAGAGAAAGUACAUUGAGGAGUUGAAUGAAAAGGAGAUGAUUGACAAGUUGAUGAAAUGUGUAUUUUUGAGGUUUGAUAUUUUGAAUUCUGAGAUUGUGAAGGUGAAUGGAGGUAAAGAAGAAACGAAGAAAGUUAUUCGGAAUUACAAGAUUGGGAAGAUCAAGGAAGAGAAUAUCUUGGCUGAGACCGAUUUUGUGAUAAUGUAUGAUUAUUACUUGGUUUUGAAGGAAAUGGGAAGUCAAGUUCAAAACUGGUUCAACAAUUUGAAGGAUCGAGAGAUGAAGAAUAGAAUUGAGGUUUUUUCCGAAAGGUAUAUCUGUGAGUUGAUUAUCGAAGGGGAGAUUGAGAAGGUUGAGAAGCGGAAGGCAAAGUUAGUUAAAGAGAACGAGAAGCAGAAGCUUAGUAUCAAGAUCAACAAGACGACGCAUGAUAUCCGAGUUAUGUUUUUGAUUGAUGAACAGAACAUGGAAAUGGUUAUCAGAAUACCCAAGAUGUACCCGUUGAGGAAUAUAACAGUUGAAGGAAUCAGCCGUAUUGGGGUGAAGGAGUCGUUGUGGAAGGCGUGGUUGUUGGCAUCGCAGCGAACAGUGUCGUCGUUGUAUGAGAAUGGAAGUAUUGUGGAGUCGAUUGAGUUGUUUACGAAGAAUGUGAACAUGCACUUUUUAGGGUUUGAAGAGUGUUCAAUCUGCUAUUCCAUUUUGCACCAAGACCAUUCGUUGCCAUCAAAGAACUGCUCAACAUGUCACAACAAGUUUCACUCGGGAUGUUUGUUCAAGUGGUUCAAGAGCUCUGGUGGAAAUACAUGUCCACUCUGUCGUUCAGCAUUCAAGUUUCGGUUGAGCAGCAAGUGAGCUAUGAUGUAGAACUUGGGUUUUUGAAUUUAGAUUUUUGGAUUUGGAUUUGAAUUUGGAAUAUUUGGAUUCUGGAAUUUGGAAUUUGGAUUCUGGAAAUUGCAAAAUGGAUCUGAGAUCUUGCGGUAGAGAAGUAGAGAAGUACUAAACAAUAAGACAGUUCCAGAGAAAGAAGAAGAUAAUCUGGUGUGAGUUCUCAUUCAGAGAGAAAACGGCAGGUUGGCCCAGCCCGAUAAGAGAUGGGGAGAGAGCGCUAUCGACGCGUGCUGCGGCAGGAGCCAGAGAUAGGGGCCGCAGUGGCCAAUCAGCGUGCG